CAGUUCGUCAUUGUGCUGCGACUUCCUGCAGUGCCUGCUGUCAAUGUCAGCCUGUGUAUAGAGCUCAGGAGCUGCAGGAACUCCAUUCAUCAGAAAUGCUGAGGUCCCGGCUCAGGUUGAUGUCCUUAAAAAGAUUACAAGUUAUUUCACAACAUUUGACCAUGUCCAGUCACUCUCCAUCAGAAGCAGAGGUCCUUCUAGCAAAGAGUGGAUGUGCAGGAGUAAUCACAAUGAACAGACCAAAGGCUUUGAAUGCCUUAAACCUUAACAUGGCCCGCAAUAUUUAUCAACAGCUUAAACUUUGGGAAGAAGACCCAGACACAUUUCUAGUGAUAAUUAAAGGCUCUGGAGGAAAAGCAUUUUGUGCUGGAGGUGACAUCAUUGCUGUUACUAAUGCUGGAAAGUCAGGAGACAGAUUUGCCCAAGACUUCUUCAGAGAAGAGUACACUCUAAACAAUGCUAUUGGAACAUACAAAAAACCCUAUGUCGCUAUCAUUGAUGGAAUAACAAUGGGAGGUGGUGUUGGUCUUUCUGUUCAUGGACAUUUUAGAGUGGCAUCUGAAAAGACUUUGUUUGCCAUGCCAGAAACUGCAAUAGGGCUAUUCCCUGAUGUUGGAGGAGGGUAUUUUUUACCCCGACUUCCGGGCAAACUUGGCUUAUAUAUUGCUCUCACUGGAUACAGGCUAAGGGGAAGAGAUGUGCAAAAAGCUGGCAUUGCUACUCACUUUGUUGAAUCAGAAAAGAUUUCAUCCCUUGAAAAAGACCUUACAUCUCUGAAGAGACCAUCCAAACAAAAUGUUGCUGAAGUGCUUGAUACCUACCAGGCAAAGAGUACAGCAGGAGAAGAGAAGCCCUUUAUUCUUGCCGAACACUUGGAAAAAAUAAACAGUCUGUUUGCAGCAAACAGUGUUGAAGAAAUAUUUGAGAAUUUGAAGAAAGAUGGUUCACCUUUUGCUCAACAGCAGCUGCAGACACUUUCUAAAAUGUCUCCAACAUCCCUAAAAAUGACAUUCAAACAGCUUAAAAAUGGCUCUUCCUUAACACUACAAGAGGUACUAACAAUGGAGUACAGACUAAGUCAAGCUUGUAUGAGGGGACAUGAUUUUUAUGAAGGUGUAAGAGCAGUUCUUAUUGAUAAAGACCAGAAUCCAAAGUGGAAGCCAGAGCGGCUGGAAGAUGUGACAAAUGAAUAUCUGGGCAGCUGUUUUGCAUCUCUUGGAAGCGAUGACCUAAAGCUGUAAUUGAAUCAGACAAUACGAUUCCACUGUUUUAAUAAAACAUUUCAAUAGUA